CCAAGUGACAGCUCGAACCGCUGAGGGUGGAUCGUGAUUCCCCCCAAAGUGCAGAUAGCCCCGGAGUACCGGAGGUGGACUGCAGAUCAUUGAUCAUACAAUACAAAGUGCUGUAGCCUCGGUUCCGGAUCAAAACCGCCCUAAUUACGAAGCGAAACUCGUCUUCCUCAGGACUCGAAAAAAGCUUGCCUAACUGUCCUGUCACCCUCCAGGCUCCAGGCUCCAGGCUCCCGAGUCUAGACUCAUCAGGAGGGAGAAGCGAGCGAAUUGCCAGAAGAAAACGCACAGAAAAAGAAUAAUACAUCGCUUCAUCUUCGUUUUUGUUGUUUUCCUUGCGUUCUCCCGUCGAAUUUGAGAUCCGAAGGAACGAAGAUGAAGACCACCAAGGGAGGGAAGGUCAUGAACCCUACCGACGCCUAUCGGAAGGAGCUUCGCAAGAAGGAGUUGAAGAGGAACAAAAAAGAAAGAAGGAAAGUCAGAGAGGUUGGAAUCCUGAAGAAGGACCCUGAAACAAUCAGACAACAGAUUGAGAAGCUGGAGAUGAUGAAGGCAGAUGGUGCUCUUGACAAGGCAAGGAAGCACAAAAAAAGGCAACUUGAGGACACACUGAGCCUUGUUUUAAAGAAGAGGAAGGAAUAUGAAGAGAAAUUGAGAGAAAAGGGUGAGACACCAGUUAUGUUUAGCCACUUAGGUCCUCCUCAUAGACGGACAACUGCGGAAGAAGAAGAAAGAGUGAAACAUCCAAAACCAGAGGAUUCUGUCUAUUAUCAUCCAACACUAAACCCUACAGGGGCACCACCUCCUGGAAAGCCUCCCAUGUACAAGUCAUCUAUAGGGCCUAGGAUUCCCUUGCCAGCAGCUUCAUCAAGUAGUACAGCAUCAUCAUCGAAGCCAGAGACAGAGGAUGAUGCUUUAGUAGUACCUCCUCCACCCCCUCCACCCUUGCCAAAUGCUGAUGAAUUGGGUUCUAAAGAUGGUUCUGUUCUGCCUUCAUCUUUGCCUUUACCUCCUCCACCUCCAAUGCCACCAAAGCCUGCUGCAGUGGAUUUAGGUACUAACUUGCCCCCACCACCUCCUGGCCCCCCACCUAAAGAAAAAGUGGCAGUUCAAACUCAGCUUCCUCCUGCUCCACCAAUCCAACAACCUACUCAGUCACCUCCACCAGGCACCAGUGGAAGCAUGAGGGAAAAAGGUCAAACUGGAGCAUCAAAUGUCUCAGAUAUCAAGGAGUUGGAUAAGAUACGACCUGUGCUCCCCCCACCUCCGCCACCACCUGGUUUGCCGCCACAAUUGGGUAAUCACCAACCUAAAGGUGCAGUUUCUGAGCCUGAUGCCAGUAUUUCUAUGGGGAACAGUGAUGUCCCUAAGAUGAUUCCACCUCCACCACCCCCAAAGCCACAAGCUGCAGUGCCUAGACCUGUCUUGAUUCCUACUUUACAGCCUGAUGUAUUACCCCCAGGUAUUUCACGAUUCCCACCACCUCCUCCACCUCCAGAUGUGCAGUCUUCACUAUCUGGCCUUGGUCUUCCUGGCAGGCCUGCCCCACCCGGAAUGGCCAUCCCACCAAUUCCAAGGCCGCCUUUUGGUCCACCACCUGGACCACCUCCAAUGAUGAGACCACCACUCCCACCUAGCUCUCUUCCUACCUUACAGGAAGAUGAUAAUGGUGCAACUAGACCUUCUGUACCUCAGAAGCCAUCUUAUGUCAAGUCAGCAGCAUCAACAGUUGUGAAGAGGCCACUAGCACAGCAUACCCCAGAACUUACAGCUAUGGUUCCUGCAUCUGUACGAGUGAAGAGAGAGACUGCUGUUCCAAAAGCAAAACCAAAGCCAUCAUUGUCAACAGGGGCAGCAGUUACCCAUGCAGCAGUAGUUCCUUCCAUUCCUCAGAAGUCAGAAUUGGUAAACAAUUUAUCGGCACCAAAGACACAGAGCAUUGACGACUCAUAUAUGGCAUUUUUGGAGGACAUGAAGGCUUUAGGUGCACUUGAUGGCUGAGCUAUACUUGUAGCUGGUGAGAAGUUGCAGGGAGCACUGAGUGAAGAAACAUGGAAUGAAAAAAGAAAUCGGGCGAGGGCUCUUGUAAUGAAUUGAGGGUCUUCGUUAGUUACUGCUUUAGUUAGCCUUGAUCGCCUUAUCUAAGUGUGCCUCCCUUGCGCCAUUGGGGCUGUUUUUUAUUGCUUCCCAAGGAUGGUGGCUGUUUCCAUGUAAUGAUUGACCAUAAAUUUUACCUGGGCCAACUUGGAAAAUGCAUUACUUGAGUUGAGACGAAGCUCAUACAUACAACUGCUACUUGUUUUCUCUUAUAUGUGAUUUUACACUCUUUUCCAGGUUUCAGGCGAGGAUAUUGAUGUAAAUUAAAUAAUGUCCAAUUAUUCUACUCUAGUGGCCUUUUUUUUUUAAGAAAAAGAGAAGCAACUUCAUUGAUGAUCAGAAUAUUUAAGCUGUAUAUGGUAGUUGGUAGUCCUGUUGCUUAUAUACUUA